AGGGAAAAAAGAAAGAGGAAAAAAAAUGAGCGACGAGGACGACUUUUUGCAGAAAGCCCGAGCCGGGUUUGAAGAGCUCUGUCGAGGGUUGAAUAUGGACGAAGAGGCGAGCAAUGAAGCAUGGAAAACCUACGAAAAUAUCAGCAGGAAUUUUACACUAGAGGGCAGCGAGCUGCACUGGCUGGCCUGUGCGCUCUACGUGGCCUGCAGGUCCUCAGUGCCGACGGUGGGGAAAGGAACCGUGGAGGGGAACUACGUCUCUCUGACCAGAAUCCUACGCUGCUCCGAAAUGAGCCUGAUCGAGUUCUUCAAUAAGAUGAAGAAGUGGCAGGACAUGGCCAACCUGCCGCAGGAUUUCCGUCAGGGCACCGAGAAGCUGGAGAGAAACUUCACGGUGUCGGCCGUCAUCUUCAAGAAGUACGUUCCCAUCUUCAAAGCCAUCUUCAAAGCGCCGUCGGAGGAGCCGCCGCGCGUCCACCGCAGCCGCAAACAGAGGCGACAUCCUUGCACGGUGACCGAGGUCUUCAACUUCUGCUGGGUUCUGUUUGUCCAUGCCAAAGGUCUACCAGAGGACUUCAGCAGUAAGGACUACCGGCCGGCCUCGGGCCCGUACUGCUUCAUAGAGCAGCUGUGUGAGCUGCAUGACGGCCUGGUGCUGGAGGCCAAAGGAGUCAAAGAACACUUCUGGAAACCGUUCAUCAAGAAACUCUUCCACAAGAGGAUCCUCAGAGGAAAAGAGGACGGGCUGACCGGCUUUCUGGAUCCCAUGAACUUCGGAGACAGUUUCUUGUCUCUGACUCGGGUGUAUGAGGAACAUAUUUUGGCCACCGGCAGCCUGGAUGAGAGGAUCUUCACCGGCGAGGGUGCGAGCGACGACAUCGGCACCCCUGGUCCGUGCCUGUGUGAAGGGUCGGAGAACCAGGACAGCGCCACCUACAGGCUUCAUGCCAACCUCACUGCGUCGGCUCUGAAGGUGUCGACUCCUCUGACAGGCAGGAAGUACAUUCAGGAGAACCGCCUGGCGUCUCCGGUCUCGACCGCCAUGAAGAGUGUCGGACGGCUCCACACGCUGCUGUCGGGAACCAAACAGGGACCGAGCGCUAAGCUAACGGAAACGCUCAAGACCUGUGCUAGAGACCCCAGUGAUGUCAUCAGCCAGCGCCUGAAGGACAUGUUCGAGCUCUUCUCCCAACAUUACGAAGACAGCGGGGCAGAGAACAGGAGCAUGGGGAAAGACAUGGCAGUGAAGUAUUUCCACCUGGCAGAGGCGCUGUACUACCGGAUUCUGGAGUCCAUCAUUGAGAGAGAAAAGAUGAUUUUGGGAGAUGCUGACUUAUCUUGUAUUUUGGAGCAGGAUAUCUUCCACCGCUCCUUGCUGGCCUGCUGUCUAGAGAUCGUCGUCUUCUCCUACAGACCUCCGGGAGAUUUCCCCAACAUGAUCCGAAUCUUCCGGCUCCCGGCUUAUCAUUUCUACAAGGUGAUCGAGGUGUUGGUGCGGUCGGAGCAGGGUCUGUUUCGGGAGGUAGUGAAGCACCUGAACCAGGUGGAGGAGCAGGUGCUGGAGAGCCUGGCCUGGACCAGCGACUCCCCGCUGUGGGAGAGCCUCCGAGGGGCCAAAGACCGCGUCCCUGCCUGCCAGGAGGUGAUGCCUCCUCAGUAUCUGGAACAGAACGAUGAGAGCAGCUCCGGCAGCGUUCCUCUGACUCCCAUCAACCACGGACCGGAUCUCAACACCAGCAGCACUGUCAAAGGUGUGUCCCCCUCCCCCACCACCCUGCUGGACCGCUACAGCUCUCCUCCCACCGGCUCGGCUCGGAGGCGUCUCUUUGUCGACAUGGCCGAUGCCGAUUCAGGAGUCACCUCCACCGGCUCCUCGGGCUCCACCGGUGCAGUGCCUGCCGCCGUCGCCAAAACCAGCCAGGCCAGCCUUGUCACAACCAUCCCGGCUGGGCAGACUGUGGUCACCAUGGCAACCGCCACAGUCACGGCCAACAACGGGCAGACAGUCACCAUACCUGUGCAAGGUAUAGCCAAUGAGAGCGGAGGCAUCACGUUCAUCCCCGUUCAGGUGAGUGUGACGGGACAGGGCGGAGCCACGCUACAGCAGCUGUCCGCACAGACUCUGGGAGGCACCCUCACCGUCCAAUCAGCGUCCACCAAGCCAGCCCCCAAACCAGCGAGCAGUCCGCUGAAGAAAGGCUCGCUGUCUCUGUUCUUCAGGAAGGUGUAUCACCUGGCCAGCGUGCGUCUCCGAGAUCUUUGCGCCAAACUGGACAUCACACCGGACCUGAGGAGGAAGAUCUGGACCUGUUUUGAAUAUUCUCUGGUGAACUGUACGGAGCUGAUGAUGGACCGUCACCUGGAUCAGCUGCUCAUGUGUGCCGUCUACGUCAUGGCCAAGGUGACCAAAGAAGAUAAAUCCUUCCAAAACAUCAUGAAGUGUUAUCGCUCGCAGCCUCAAGCCAGCAGCAAUGUCUAUAGGAGCGUGCUGAUCUCAGGGAGGAAGAGGAAUCACUCCAGCAGCAACGACUCCAACAAACAGAACUCACCUCCUGACAGCAGCCAGGAGACAGCAGGUGGAGACAACAGUCCGGUUCCCAUUCGCUCCAGCAGCACCUUGCCUGGUCCGCAGCCUGGCAGCGCUCCCUCCACCCCCAACAAGAACUCCUCCUCCUCCCCCUCUUCCUCCUUUUCCUCCUCCGUCGCAGGUGACGGCGAGGAGGAGCGAGGAGAUCUAAUUCACUUCUACAACAACGUUUACAUCAAACAGAUGAGACACUUUGCUCUUCGGUACUCUCCGAGGUCGCCAACUGCAGGGGUGGAGACCCCCCCUCUGUGUCCGUACCCCACCCUGAGGACCGGCUCUCCUCGCCGGAUGCUUCUGUCCAGCAAACACUCCAUUUACAUCUCACCGCACAAGACGAGCGCCGCCCCGACGCCGACGACCCCCCGUGACAAGAUUUACUACUACAUCUGCAGCAGCCCCCCCAAUCGUCUCCAAGAGAUCAACAGCAUGAUCCGGACCGGAGAGACUCCCACCAGGAAGCGCAGCAUGCCUCUGGAGGACGACACGUCACCCAAGAGGGUUUGCCCCGACAACCACUCGGCUCUGCUCCGCCGGCUACAGGACGUCGCCAACGACCGCAGCUCCUCCCACUGAGUCACACACACACAUAUAUAUACACACACAGAGUACCACGAUAUCACCAUAGUAACA